AUGUCCGCAAAUGGCACGGUGGUGACCGCGCCUCCAGUGAACCGGAAGAAGGCGAAGCGGAGGCAAAAGGCCGCGCAAAAGGCCGCUCAGAAGCUGCCCGCGAACCAUGUGGCUGCCCAGCAGACCGACGAAGGCUAUGACGAAGACGCCCUGCGAUAUGAAGAGGACGAUGAGGACGACUACGACUCCGAGGCCGAGUACGAACAUCACUAUGCUGCGCAUGCUCCGACAAAUGGCGUGCACCCGCCCCCGCCGCCAUUGACGAGCAGUAAGAAGAGCAGUAAGAAGAAGAAGCCCGGCAAUGGCCAGCAGCGAGCUUCGUACGACCCUCGAAUUAUGCCUCCGCCGAUUCACUCGCAGCCUUCGAAUCAGCUAAAGGCCCCGAACCGGGGGAACCGACAGAGUGACGCAAUCUGGCACACGAGCAUGCAGCAAGAGCGAGAGAACAUCAAGAACUUCUGGCUCAACCUGACCGAGGACGAACGAAAGCGGCUAUUGAGGAUUGAGAAGGAAGCGGUGCUCAAGAAGAUGAAGCAGCAGCAAAAGCACUCUUGCUCGUGCACCGUGUGCGGGCGGAAGAGACUGGCCAUAGAGGACGAGCUCGAGCUGCUUUAUGAGGGCUACUACGAGGAGCUGGAGCAGUACGCUCACCACGACGUGCCGCCCUUACCCUCGACCGAUGGCCUGGUGCCCGAUCCGCUGCAGCACCGCCGACCGCAUCCUCUGGCGACGCCCCCGCCCCCCUUGCAUCGCCAUCCCCAUCAUCCGCACCCUCACCACCGGACGAGUCAGAUGCAUGAGGUGCUCGACGACGAGGACGAAUACAGUGACGAGGAGGAGGACGAGGAGUACAGUGAUGAAGAGGAAGACGAGGAGUAUUCGGAUGAAGAGCCCGAGCCGGAGCCUGAACCACCUCGGGGUCAUCCCGGCGUGCCAGAUUUCUUCUCGUUUGGCUCUCACUUGACCGUCAAAGAUAACCUUCUCACGGUAGCAGACGACCUCCUCAAGAAUGACGGCCGCAAGUUCAUCGAAAUGAUGGAGCAGCUGGCUGAGCGACGCCUGCAGCGAGAACAGCGAUCUCAGUACGAAGCAGAUAUCCACUCCGGCUAUCCUCCGGGCGACCCCGCCUACGACCACGACCAGUUGGACGGCGACGAGUUCGACGAUGAAGAGGAGUCAUACAACUCGCAGGAAGAGUAUGACGACGACAUGGAAGAGGAGGAGGACAUGGUGGGUGACAUCAAGAUGGAAGGACGCCGAAUGUUUCAAAUAUUUGCAGCACGCAUGUUCGAACAGCGCGUGCUGACAGCCUACAAGGAGAAGGUGGCAGCCGAACGUCAACAGAAGCUCCUGGACGAACUGGAGGAGGACGAGAAAGCACAGGCACAGCGGGAGGCCAAGAAGCAACGAGACGCGCAGAAGAAGAAGGACAAGAAGAAGCAGCAGCAACUGGCCAAGGCGGAAGAGAAAGCGAAACGCGACGCGGAGAAGGCUGCAGAAGAGGCACGAUUACGGGAAGCUGAGGAGAAGAAGCAGGAAGAGCAACGUCGCAAGAAGGAGGAACAGCGAAGAAAGCGUGAGGAGGAGAAGAAGCGACAAGAGGAGGAGAAGGCGCGUAAGGAAGCUGAGAAGCUCAAGCGACAACAGGAAGAACAGCAGCGGCGAGAGGAAGCCGAGCGCAAAGCCCGUGAGCAGAAAGCUGCCGAGAAAGCCAAGAAGGAAGAGCAGCGUAAGCGGGAACGCGAAGAGCGAGAGGCACGGGAGAAAGAGGCUCGCGAGCGCAAAGCUCAAGAAGACAAGGAUAGAAAAGAACGCGAAGUGAAGGCGAGAGCGGACAAGGAAACUCGAGAACGAGAGAAGAGUGCACAGCAGGCUGCCAACGCUCAAAAUGCUGCACACCCUCCAGUGUUGUCGAAGCGUCCCUCUCAAGCUACGGUGGCUAUCCCUGGCGUAUUCGGCAAGCAAACUCCUUCCGCUGUGGCAUCACCUCAUCCUUCUGUGCCUACGCCGGCGAUACCGAAAGCUCCAACUCCCUCGAAGCCCCGGCAAGCAUCGCAGCAAGGCUCGCAUGCCUCUUCGCCGAAGCAAACGCAAUCGCAAAUGUCAAGCGCUCCCAGCAAAUCCUCCUCCCCCGGAAGCAGCGGCGCCCAGCAAGCUCAGAACCAACCGAAGCAGAUCUUGCAAAAGCCUGGUAACCAGCAAGCUAACCAUCCAAACCAACACCCUCUUGGUGCACCAUCGCCGCUUCACCAUCAGCCGAUCCAACCACCACCGGGGAUGCCUCACCCUCAGCAAUUCCCACCAGGAGGCUUCGGAGGAAUGCCGCCAAUGGGCUUUCCCAACUUCCCAGGACCGCGUGGACCAAUGGGCAUGCCAAACAUGGGACAGCGAGGUCCAAUGCCCAUGUUUCCACAACAACCACCGCACAUGGGCUUCCCGAAUGGCCUCGGUUUCGGUGCUCCCGGCAUGAAUGGCAUGGCACCACCGCCGGGCAUGAUGAUGCCUCAGCAGCAUGGAAGGCCGUUUCCGUUCGACGGGCCUGGCAUGAUGGGACAACAGCAGCCGCCGCCUCCAGGAUUUGGACAGCCCCAUAUCCACCACCAGCAGACUUCGCCGAUUGGACAACCGCCGACCAGUGGUAUCGAAGCGCAGCGACAGAGUGUUGCUGGUCAUUCGCGACAGGCAUCUGCUGAUAAAGAUCGCCUCGAUUCAGGAGCAGCACAGCCGAUUGCUCGACCGGCGCCCAUACAGCGACCAGGUAGCGUUCGUCCCGCUGGCCUAGAGCGCAAUGGGUCUGGGGAGAUCGACGACCUGUCGAAGCAUCUUGGUAGCUCCGCGCUAUUGGACGAUACUGACGAGCCGAUACUCAAUGGCGAGAAUACCCGACACCAUUCUAGUAUGGCUGGCAACCCACGUGGUAUAAAUAUUCCAGGAGCUGGCAUGACGCCCAUUGGUGGCGCCGGCUUUGGUGGCUUUGGUGCUCCAGGUACGUCUUGGGGCAACACACCGGCUGCGCCAUUUGGGCAGAGUCCUGCUUUAGGAGGUCCUGGCUGGGGAGCAUUGCCGCCUCAAGUUGGCAGCUGGGGCGCUAACAACGCCGGGUUCCCGAACAACAACCACUUUGGCUCUUUUGGCGGCCCGCUGGGUGCUCCACGUCCUGGUCCUCAGACCAGACCGAUCACAGUGCGGCAGUUGCUGUGCAGUGCCUGCAGAGAUCUCUCGCGUUCAGGUGACGAGUACCACAAUGUCGAUGCUGUGAUCCAGCAUAUCAUGUCCCGCAACCCACCGUUGGACUUCCCACCGGAUGUGGCCGAAGUCAAAGACAUCUCGACAGUGGAAGGCGAUUCUCGCAAUGGCGGCGGCGAACUCCACUUCCGGGAACACGAUGAUGGCACGAAAGAGAUCAAGUGGACCCAAGAUGCCUCGACGCCUGAUCAGGGACAUCGCCCUGCCGAACUCGCAGCGAUAGGGUCGCCUGCUGUGGGCAAGAGCUCUCCUGCAUUUGGCACAUUUGGUGCACCGGGUGCUGGUCGUGGGUCAACGAUUGCGCCACCACAGGGUGGCAUCUUUCAGAAUCUUGGCGCGAUUGGGAGCUCGGGGUCAUAA